AUGUUUUCCAAGAAGAAAUCAUCCUUCAGAAUUUACUGUGCAAUUUCCAAAGCAGUCGGAUUAAUAUUUUGUACAAUUUUCUUAUUACAAAUAUAUUUCAUGCGUACCACUGUCAAUUAUGUAACCUUACAAAAUCUCACUGCCGAAGCAAUUAUUCCAUCCAAUACAACACUUGAUGUUUGUAAACAAACAUGUCGUACUAUUUGUAAGAAUAUUGACAGUGUUCCAUCGAGUAAGGUGAAUGCAUUGAAACCAAUGGGGAAAAUGCCAUUCACUGGUGAAUUCAAUGAAGAGAUGAACCCAAUCAACGACACAUUUUAUCCACAGAGUCUUGAUGGCAGUUGGAUGUUUAAGGAGGAGACGACCGAUUGUAGCAACGUUCCACAAUCCGGUGUAGCAAUCAUCAUUGUUUGUAGAGACAGAUGGAAACAACUGAAUAAUACAUUGUCCAGUCUGAUUCCAGUUCUCCAAAGACAACAUUUAUGUUAUCGAAUAUUUGUUAUUGAACAAAAAGGUACUGGUAUUUUGAACAAAGCUCGAUUGAUGAAUGUUGGUUUCAUUGAAGCACGUAAACGUUUCUAUUUCAACUGUGCUAUAUUUCAUGAUGCUGACUUAAUACCGUUGGAUGACAGAAUACCACAUGGUUGUGAUGAAGAGACGAUGGAGAGUGUGGUUCAUUUGAGUGUUGGAGUGAGUACAUGGAAUUAUAUUUUACCUUACAAAUCAUUGAUUGGUGGUGUUUUGAAAAUAUCAUCUGCACAAUUUAUACAGGUUAAUGGUUAUUCCAAUAGUUAUUGGGGUUGGGGUGGAGAGGACGAUGAUUUGGAGAGGCGACUGAAAGCAUCAAAUAUUGUGUAUAAACAUAUUGAAAAGUCAAUAGGCAGAUAUCUGGCUCAACCUCAUGAUAAGCAGGUUAAAGGGAACUUACGUUCAGUACUUGACUUAUUAGAAAAUGCCGUCAGUCGCAUGUUAACUGAUGGAUUAAAUUCUGUAAAAUAUAAAGUUUCAACGUAUUUUGAGAAGCAACACUACACAUAUUUUUUGAUUUCAUUAGAAUAA